ACCUACCUACCUAGUUUAUUUUUAUAAACUGUAUUCUAUCUACCGCUUUUUAUACAACAAUAGAUAGUUUAUAAAUUCGAAAUUACAACAAUUAAUUCAACACAAUGCAGUACAUUAAUGUGUCGUGAAAAUUCAGGAGAUUAACAAGAAUGGAGACUUCAAUUUAUUUGCUUAAAAUAACAUAAAUUGACUGCCCGAUGGACUCAAAAUGAAGAUGCUGAAGCCGUUUUUAACGCUAAAUAUAUGUUUAGCGGCGCUACUUGGAGAUUACAUUGUGUUUAAUUCUAGUUAUUCAAAAUCACAGAUAUUUCGCGCCUUUACCGACAGCGCUGUCCACGCUACGUUAGGAUGCCUAUCUUCAAUAUUAUUUUUAAGCCAAGAACUUAGUUUCAACAACACUACUUGCCUAUUUAAUAUAUGCUUCUGUACGAUGCUGUCUUCGUUAAUCGAUAUCGAUCACAUUUUUGCCACUAGGUCAAUAUAUUGGAAGGAUAUUACUAACAACAGAACUAGGGGAAUACUUCACUGCACCACAUUUUUAUUCACGAUCACAUCUUUACUCCUAAUAUAUAGCUAUAUUUACAAGAAAAUCAACAUAUAUAUGUUGACAUGGAUGAUAAUCCUAGCUUACACAAGCCAUCACGUACGGGAUGCCAACCGAAGAGGUUUGUGGAUGUAUCCAUACGGACACACACCACCUCUUAGCAAAUACGUAUAUAUAUUUUUAGUAGCUUCUUUACCAAAUAUAUUUUCAGUGAUAAAUGUGUAUAUAAAACCAGAGUUAUAUAAACAUACAAUGAUUAAUACUAAUAUGAUUGUAUAAAAGACUUAUAGGAAAAAGAAUAUUUUUUAUGUUUUAAUAAUUGUUUAUAACAAAACAAAUAAUAUAUUAUACAAGUUUUUGUAUGU